AUGGCAAAGUAUAUCAGAAGGGGCAUUCUGCUUGCACUGGUGGCGCUGGUAGCGGCUUGGCAGGCAGUGGUCGGCGUCGACGUGCCGUGUGACAAACUACUGCAGCCAUCGGCACAGGUCAUCUCGGGCUUGAUCGACGGAGCGGCCGGCGUUGCCGUUGUUGACUGCGAUAAGGAUGUGCCUCCGCCACCAGGACCCCUCAGCGCCGGGAUCGACUUUAACGAUGUUGUUGUCGCCGGCUACGAGUCGGGCACCAUCGAGUGGGUGCGGAAUACCGGUGUGGGCAUCGGGUGGGUCAAGACUGCCUCGGCGAAGUUGGCUGACAUGCAUCGGGCACGAUUUGUGCACGUCAUGGCCACGUCUACUUUGAGCGGUGUGCCGAGCGUGGUGGCGUGCAACGGGUAUCGUGGCUCGAGCGCUGCCGACUUUCCGCACUGGUGCGCCCACUACGUCGGCGACAACAACGGCAACUUUGUCGAGACCAUCUUUGCCACCAACUUGCGGCGAGUGGUCCACGUUGACUACGCAGAUGUGAGCGGCGACGGAUUGGACGAUGUGGUAACGCUCGAGGGACCGUCGUUCAACCCGAUGGGCAUCACUUUUCAGCUGGCUGCCUUUGUCGACGACGGCGCCGGGAGCUACAACACGACCAAACACGAGCUCGCCGACUCGGUGACAGUGGCGGCGCUGGACAGGGCCACGACGUUUGCGCUGGGCGAUGUGACUGGCGAUGGCAUGGCUGACAUUGUGUUUGCCACGCACGGCGGCGGCGAUGCGGUGGCGUACCUGCCGUGGAUGGCUGCAACAACGUAUGGGCCGCCGGUGGCUCUUCUCUCGGCCGACGUCGGCGCAUCGCUGGCGGUGGCGACGGGAGACUUUGAUGGCGACGGCGACAACGAUGUAGUCCAUUGCACCGCGGCGAGCAGACUGCGAUGGUUUGAGAACAACGCUGGCGAUGGGAGCGGAUGGACGACUCGGAGCUUCCCGUUCCAGCUCUCGGUCUCGGGCGUGUAUGCCCAUGACGUGGACGGAGACGGCGAUCUGGAUCUGGUGCUUGCGUCGCAGAACGUGAACAACUUGUUCUGGGUAGCAAACCGGUACGACGGUGGGGGAGCAGGGCGGGGCAAGGACGAGGUCUGGGGCAUGUCGCGGCUCAUUGCGCCAUGUAGCGCGUGCAGCGGCGUGGCGAUGGGCGAUCUCGACGCCGACGGCGACGACGACAUUGUGGCGGCGGCGAUGCUGUCGGACACGGUCUCUGGCUUCCUCGUUGAUCCACUGGACGUGUUGCAGUACUCGUUUCUGGCCGGCGGACUCGGCUCGCCUCGCAUGUUGAGACCUUUGGAUGCGGAUGGUGAUGGUGAUGUCGACAUCAUCGGCGCCAUCGGCUCGCCCAAUAAUGGUGUGUUUGUCUUUGGCAACAGCGACGGGCUCGGCGGGGCAUGGGCCAGCCCGGCGCGGGUGGGCGGAGAGCUGGCAGAACCCGAGACUGCGAUUGCGGUUGAUCUUGACUUGGACGGCGACACCGAUGUGAUUGCGUCGUCGGCGGCUGGCAGCAUGCUCGUCUACGCCAUCAACGAUGGCGGGAGCUUCUCGUCCUUGGAAUGGAGCGGCCAGCUGUCGACGUCGACUGCGGCGACGGCGAUGGCGGUGGUGGACGUAGAAAACGACGGCGACAUGGAUGUUGUGGGCAUCGAUGCGCCGAAUGCGGUGUUUCUGGUCAAGAACCUGUUGCUUGAGACGGAGGCGCUCGGGUUUGGGCCGGCCACGACUGUCUAUGCCAACACCGGCAGCAGUCUGGCAUACCUCUUGGUCCGCGAUCUCAACGGCGACGGCUACGGUGAUGUGGUGUUCUCGGACACGGGCACAAGCUCGAUCAUGUGGCUGGCCAACAACAUGAACGGAUACAGCGCGCCUGCGCUUUCGCUACGGACCGGGGCGCAGCAAGUGGGCGAGUUUGCGCUCGGCGAUCUGACCGGUGAUGGCUUGCUUGAUCUCGUCUUCCACACCCGCGGGCCGCCGAACCCAUUUGGCGGCAAGUACUCGCUCUCACGGAGCAACAACUUUGGCAGCGCUACCUCGCCGCUCUUUCUCACGCCGCUGCCGGUGGAUCCACAGGUCUCGACCUUUGUGGCGACGGAUCAGACCAACGUGGGCAUCGAGAUAGCGGACAUUGACGGCGACAACGUACUGGACAUUGUGGUGGAGGGCUCGUUUGCGUCGGUCAUCAUCUACUUUCCCGGCCCGUCGUACAGCCCUCGCCCGAUGUCUGUGGCCAAUGCAGACACCGAUCUGCGGUUUGUCCUUCGCGACUUUAACCUCGACGGCGCACCCGACUUUCUCAUCGGCCUCGAGUCGCAGAUCGGCUGGAUCCCUGGGAUGUCGAUCUUCUCGCCGGCGAUCCCGUUGCCCGGGGUGACGCGGACGGUGGCGGUUGCGCGAUGCGGCUUUACUCUCUCGUGCGUAGCUGAGACGCUGCUUGAGGCGUCGGGAUGCGCAACGACGACCGUGGUUAUGCCGACCGGCGUGUAUCGCGGGUGCUUCUCGACGCGGCUCCUGCCACUCUUCAAGUCUGUGACCAUCCGCGGCAUGGGCUCGACGAUCGACUGCGGGGCCAAUGGCGGCGGCGGCCUGUUUGACAUCCGCGACGGCGCAGAAGUCUCGCUGCAAGACAUGACGAUCAUCGGAGCAACGUCAAUCCCGUCGGACGCCGAGGCUGUGGCGGCUCUCCGGGUGACCGGCUCCGGCUCGUCGCUCACGCUGACCGACGUGACGCUGCGCGGAUGCUCGAACAAGCUGGCCUCCGACCGGACAGUGUUCCAGAUCAAUGCCGGGAUGGGCGGGGCGGUGCUUGUUGAGCUUGGCGCGUCGAUUACUGCUCUCCGGACGGCGUUUGAGUUGAACGUGGCUGGCGACUCUGGUGGCGGGCUGGCGGUCAUUGGCUCGACGAGCAGCGUGAACCUGACCGACGUCAUCUUUGAUGGAAACACGGCGACGGGCUCGGGCGGCGGCUUGCUGGUGCUCGGAUCGGGAUCAGGAAGCGUUGCGGUGUCGUUGUCGGGUGUGACGCUGACCAACAACGUGGCAAGCGGGUGGUCCGAGAGCUACGGCUCGGGCUCGGGCGGCGGGGCGCUGCUGCUCUCCGAGUCGGCCACGGUUGUGCUCGAUGUCGACUGGAGCGGCGUAUCGAGUACGAUCUCGGGCAACUCGGCGAGCGGAGUUGGCGGCGGGCUGGCGGUGGUGGGGCUAGCGGUGGAUGCCACCAUCGACGCACCGCUUGUGCUAAGCGGCAACAUCGGUGGAUGGGGCGGAGCGAUUGGGGCGGUUGUCUCUGUGGAGGCGCUGUCGAGCCCGAUGUCGUCGACGGGCCUGGCACCGGCGCCACCAGCCAGCGACACGGCCGGAUCCGUGGCGCUCAAUGGAGUGGUGACAAUGAGCGACAAUCGCGCAAGCUACGGCGGAGCGAUGGGGCUCUGCGGAGUGCGUGUGAGGUUUGACAGCGCAGGGAGCUCGAGCGUGGCUGGAAGCAGCGCUAGCCGCGGCGGCGGCGGCGUGUUUGUUUGCCUACCGGCGGGAACGCUGCCGCUUGUAGAUGCCGACAACACACCGGAGGCACGAUCUGUUGACGAUGUGCCGUGGCUCUCGCUCGGCGGCGGGAUGGCGGCGUCAACGCUGUUGAGCGGGUCGUCGGCGAGCGGAUAUGGUGCGGUGGCAGCAUCGCCGCCGGUGACGAUGGUUUGGAGCAGGAGGAGGGCGCGGAGCGUCGGCCCGCUUGAUCGGGCAACUGGAGCGUCACUCGGAGAUGAUGCCACAGUAAGCCUCGGCGAUGUGUUUGGACAGGCUGUGGUGGAUGCUAGCGUCCGGAUCUCGAUGCACUCGCAGCCGAAUACGCCGGGCGGGGUGGUGCUUGCCGGUGGCGAUCGGUCGCGGCUGAUGGACGCCGCGGAAGUCUCGUUUGCGACGGUCAAAGCACUUGCAGCCGACAGCAACGCCCUCGAUUCGCUCAGCGAGACGCAGUACUCGCUUGAGGUGAGUGUAGUUGGUGUACCCGAGGUGGCCAAGGUAGCGCUGUCGCUGCAGAUCCGGCCGUGCGGCCUGGGCAUGGGCCUUAUCUCGCUCAGUGGGCUUCCGCUCGAGUGCAGCGAGUGCUCCGAGGGCACGUUCUCGGACGAGAUCUCGCUCAAAGGCUGCAUGGCGUGCCCAAUAGGCGCGUUCAAUCUCAACAAGGGGGCAACAUCGUGCGAGUCGUGCCCGGACAACGCAUUCCGGCGCGCAGAGAGCAAGAACGUAACGGCAGCCGGGCGCAGCGUGCCGUGCGUGUGCAAAAUCGGGUACUACGCGCUCAACGGAGCGACAAACGUGGCAUGUCAGGCAUGUCCCGUGGGCGGCGUGUGCGCGGGCGGGACCAAUGGACCUGUGGCGAUGCCAGGCUUCUACCCGGUGGGCGACGGCCAGUUUGAGGAGUGUCGACUGCGCGACGUUUGCCGCGGCGGUGAUCCGCCGCAGUGCGCGGCCGGCCACGAGGGAGCGCUCUGCGGCGUGUGCGCACGCGGAUAUCACACAGACAAGCGCGGAGUGUGUGCCAAGUGCCCGAGCGGUGCACCAGUCGUCUUGUCUGCGGUGAUUGUGGUUGUGGGCAUUGCGGCAGCGGCGGCGGGCGUGUUCAUUGUCACCCGCAUCCAGGCUGUCCGCGAUGACGACUACGAGGGCAGGUCCAGGCUCGCUCAACGGAUGACCUCGAUUCCCCGGGCGGUGACGAUGGCAUUCCUCUUCUUCCAAGUCCUGGGCGUACUUGGAAGCGCGGCGAUGAGCUGGCCGGAAGCGGCGCAGUCGACGCUGGGCGUGUUUGACUGCACGCUCACCUCGUUCUACGCCAAGUACGCGGUGGUGAUGAUACUUCCGAUGGUGUUUGUGGCACUCUUUGGGCUUGUCUGUUGGGGUAUGCUCUGGAGCGCGCACGCAUCGUUUGAGAUGCAGGAGGCGGCACAGAGUCUGGCGGCGCUGGUCUCGCCGCUGAUGUACCUGCCGCUCUCGCGGGCGACGCUCUCGAUCUUUGACUGCACACGGCUGUACGACGGAAGGUGGCUGCUUGAUGCAGACAUGAGCCUCGUGUGCUACAAUGGGACGUGGUGGGCGGUGGCUAGCUUUGGCGGAGUGUGCACGAUGGUGUAUGUGGUCGGCAUUCCGGCAGUGUGCGGGUGGAUGCUAUGGAAGGCCAAGACCGCAGACGCGCUGUUUGAUGCGAGGGUGCUGAACGAGAUCGGCGGCCUGUACCGAUCGUAUCGGCGGCACUACUUCUGGUUUGAGCUGGUGCAGCUCGGGCGGCGACUGUGGAUCGCAUGCGCCUCGCUCUUCUUCUCGACGCUGUACUCGUUCCAGUUCCUGCUGCUCGGCGGUGUCUUCUUUGCCUCGACGCUCGCCUUUCUCCGGCUGGAACCGUACUUUCUCCCGAUGUACAACACGCUCGAGGCGCGGCUGAACGCGAUCCUUGUGGGCAUUCUCGUGCUGGGCAUCAUGUUCCACGGCGAGAUGUUUUCUGCGCCGCAGCAGGUCUUCUUCACGGUUGUCGUCAUCCUCUUGAUCGUCGCAGCGAUUGCGCUGCUCGGAGCUGCGUUUGUGCAGGAGCUGCGGUUGCUGGCAGCACUCCGCAAGGAGGAGAAGGACGGCGAGAGCGCCGUACAGCUACGCUCGAUCCGUGAGCGGGAGUUCUGGGAGCGGGUGCACCGUGAGUUGGGCGACUUUGAGGAUCAGCGGCUGGCGCAAGCGCUUCGAGCGCAUGAUCCUGCGGGCGGCAACACUAGCGGCGUGGAGAAGAUGGUGGUUCGGUCGGAACAGACGGCGACCGAACCCGAGGGCGAUGACUGGGAGCUGUAUAUGGCGGAGCCGAUCGGACUCCGUCCUUCGCCCGAGUUGAGCAUUCUGGAGUGGGCUACCAUGGGCAUGUGGCGGAAGAAGCCGUUCUCGCUCCUGCAGGGCCUUGCCGCUCGGCUCCCGGAUGUUGCCGUUACGGCGUGGAUGCGCGACGACGACGGCAUGUAUCAGUGUGCGCUGGCUGUGGUCAUGGGCCAUGGCGCCGAGCCAAUGAUGCAGUACUCGGCGAUGAAGCCGUCCAAGAACCAGGCCAAGCAAAGCGCCGCCCGCAGCAUCAUGGACGAGCUGGCGAUGUACGACUGGCUCACCCGCGUCCACGCGACAACCAUGUGCGACGAGUUCCUCGUCCGCAACUACGAGUAA